AUGACCAAAACUCUGAGUUGGGCAUUUAUAGCAGCUGCGCUUUUAAUAUUCUGGCAAACCGACAAAGUUUAUGCAAAACUAAGUGUAGAAGCUCCAACUGUCAAUGCACCACAUCGAACGCACGAGUCGUUGGUGCAGAAAACCGGAAAUCAUCGAGCACAUCAUCACAAUCAUCAUAAAUCACAAUUUUUAACACAACCACAAGCACAACGUAGACAGUUACAACAACAUGUACUACCAUUUGACACAUUCUCACCUACAGCCGCUGUGAGUGCAAAUGUCCACAAUAAAACGCGUUCAACGCGCCUGCGUCGUCUGAACACCAGAGAGUACAGAGAUUAUGCGCAACGCCGUCUACGAAAUCAUCGUAGCAACUCAGAUUGGAAUUAUCACGUUUAUAAUGUUCAAAGCAAUACAUUUGAAUCGCCAUCUAGUCCCGGUAGUGUAGUUGUAGCCGGUGGCAGUGGUAAAGGUGACGACAAUACAGCCGAUGUGGAGUUUAUAAGUCAAAGUGGCACCGGCCUGAGCGGUGGCCCUAGUUGGGUGAAUAAUCGCCGUAGUUUCGGUUUCUUGCCCUCUCAUACAACAUCAGCUCCACCGACUGCAAAUCCUCCUCCGCCAUUAGUUCCGGCACGACGUGGUUAUGUGACAGCAGCGCCACCUGGUGUAGUCAACUCGGAUUUGCCACAGGCCACCGACGAGCCGAAUGAGACGAAUAAUUUCGAUUCGAAGGAAAUGGAAAAGCGACAUCUUUGUGUCCAACAACGUACCAUCACUACGCCCGUUAAAACAACUGAAGUUUAUACCAGGCCGAUUUGGAAACAUGUGAAUACACCAUGCAGCGCAGUUCAAGUGCCAACACAGCAUCCAAAUCAGAUGUGCACGAGGGUGCAACUAGUGCACGAGCAAUCAUUCCGUGACGUCAUACGCCACAAGUCAGCGCAACAGAUUACGUACGACUGCUGCAACGGCUGGGAACGUGAAGAACCAAAAUCAGAAUCUUGCUCGAAACCGAUUUGUAGCGCACAUUGUCAAAAUGGUGGUAUCUGCACUUCGCCGGACACCUGCAGUUGCGCAGCAGGAUUUACAGGAAAAUAUUGUGAACACGACAUAAAUGAGUGUAACGAGGAAAAACCCUGCGAUCAGACUUGUAUUAAUACAGUUGGCUCAUAUUUCUGCAAAUGUCGUGAAGGAUUCGUUCUACAGGCGGACCAACAGAGUUGCAAAAAGUCGGAUUUGAAAGACGAUGAUGCCUUUGAAGCGCGUGAUCUGGAGAAUGAAAUCGAGUCGGGCGAUAAUGAGGAUGUAAGUGAUCGUCUUCAGAAACUCGAACGUUCGUUAGCAAAUGAACGAGUACACACGAAUGAGUUGCAGAAGUCUCUGCAAGCGACCUACAAUGUUGUGGAUACACUGAAAAGUCGCUUGAGCACAAUUUUGGCCAACUCAGAGCCAGUGUUGCUUAACGUCAAAGUCAAAGUAAAUCUGUCACGCAACGUGGUGCAAAUGUUCCACCUGCCACCGCCUGAAGCUCCAAUUUGA